CUGCCACAAAGGCUGAUGGGAAAUAUAGUUAAUGUUCACAAGACUAGCCCGAGGUGAACGAGAGUGUAGUUCCUCCCCACAUCUACAGGUAAGGUUCUGACAGCGGAUUGGCUGGAAUGAUAAAAUAGGCGUGGCGACAGCAGAUGAUUGACAUACCGCCGUGCACGAAGGUGACCAACAAAAAUAUCAGCGGGGGAAACUUCCCUGUCUCAGUUUUGCUGCCUGGAUAACCUUACAAACACGGAAACAGAGCAGUUCUCCUGCAAACGAUCGUAUAUUAAUAGUUAAGACUGUACAAGGAGUCGAGUAUCAAGAAAAUGCCGGAGUAAGAUGCUGGAGAGCGUGAUUAUAUGGUGAUGGAAGCGCACCUGUUGAGGUUCGUGGAGCGGGUCCGCUGCCUGUCCGACCGCGACAGCACUGGAGACCAGCUCAUCUCCACCGAGUUCAGCUUGAUACGGCAGAGAAGUGCAUCACUCAAAGAGGAUCAUGGCCUGUCCACUGCCGUAGGAGAAAUCAAAGAAAAUGUGAAGAAAAACCGCUAUAGGGAUAUUCUGCCCUAUGAUCAGACCAGAGUCUGUCUAGCUCCAACCACAUCUGAAUAUGAGUCUGAUUAUAUCAAUGCCAACUUCAUCAAGGGACUGAACAGGACAUAUAUCGCCACCCAAGGCCCUUUGAGCAGUACUGUGGUUGAUUUCUGGCGCAUGAUUUGGCAACACAAUGUUAAGGUCAUAAUCAUGGCUUGUAGAGAGGUAGAGAUGGGAAAGAAAAAAUGUGAAGUCUACUGGGCGUCGACCACAGAUGCAUCAAUUUUUGGUCCCUUUACCAUCUCAACUUUUGAAGAGUCACGACCAAAUGAGGAAGUCAUUGUUCGGACGUUGGUGGUAAAAUAUUAUGAUGAAACUCGUGAAGUGUCUCAUUUCCAGUAUACUGCCUGGCCGGAUCACGGAAUUCCAGACAUGCCGGAUGGCAUUCUGGGUAUGAUGGAGCUGGCUCGCCAAAAACAGGGCAACCAGACGGAUCCGGUAGUGAUCCACUGCAGUGCCGGCUGCGGUAGAACGGGGGUCAUCUGUGCUGUUGAUUAUGUCAAUGAUCUACUACUGACAGAGCAAAUACAGGAGGAUUUUAAUGUCUUGGACCUGGUGUUAGAGCUCAGAAGACAGAGACCUUCGGCUGUGCAGACGAAGGAGCAGUAUGCAUUUGUCUUUCAUACGGUUGCUCAGAUGUUUCAAAAAAACUUCCUGCUCUUUCACACUUUGUACUUAUUUCAUAGUUUGUUUGUUUUUUUUUUGUAUUGGAAACACAAGACUUCAGCCUCUCUCUACAUCAAUGCGGUUUCACCGAAGACUUCACUAAAAUCAGGAUCAUUAAGCAGCAUCAGCGUACCCCCUAGAACACGAAAUCCACCUCUUAAGCCCAGGCUUUCUCAUCCUCUUCCUCAGACCAGGAUGAAUGACACUUAUGCAGUGGUCAACAAGUCCAAACUACAGCCUCCUGCUUCUGCCCCUCAUUCAAUCACUGUCCAUCACUAUGACAACGCUGAUUUAGAGAAAAGCAAUAACAAUGCAGUCUACAGUGCAGUCAAACCUAAAAACAGGCCCAUGUCAGUCCUGCCCUCUCCCACCUCACCGGGUUAUGACAGAUCAACAACAGCCAAUCAGAGAGGAGGACUGGCACCCAAAAAGACAGAUCAUGAUGGUUAUGAGCUAUUGCCAGGGGAGUUGAGGUCUGUGAAUAGAGAUUCGCAGAGUCUGCUUUCACGAUCCCCAAGUAGAGCUGAGAGCCAAUCUUCUACAGAUGAUGAUUAUGAAUAUGUGUCUAGCGUUGUCAGGGACACCAGCAGCCCAUUUGCCCCGGGUGGCCUGGGUUUUAACUGUCGCAUAAAGAAACCAAAAGGCCCUCGAGAUCCACCGGCUGAAUGGAGUCGUGCAGAAAGAUGAAACUGCAAAAAAAAAAUAAAAAAUAAAAAAUAACCCAACCUACAGUACUAUAGCCUGUUCCAGUACACCGGGUAAUAAUAGAGCUUUAUUUAUUUCCUUCAGAGGUUCCACUGGUAGUUUUGUUUAUAUUACUGAUUUAAUUACUGAAGCUGUUUAUGAUUAUGUACAGUAAUGUAGUUUAUUGAUGUAUUUGCGUGGCAAAUAAUUUCAAAAUAAUUACAAAAAUGCAAUUUUGAAACAUUUCAGUGCACACUGAUGUAAGAAUGCAUGUGAUUUAAAGGGGUCAUUUAAUGUUUUUGUAAUCAUUCUAGUCCACUUAUGUUAUUCACAUUUUUAUUCGCCAAUUUCACCUAAUAGAUGUUUACAAUGUAAAUGUGAGUAGUGAUCUGUUCUAAUAUCUUCAUCUGACAUUAGUAAGUUGCCAUUAAGUUUCAGUAAAUUGACUUUUCAGUGUUUUUAUAGUACAUUAAACCGUUUUGUUUUUAAACCAUCAGGGAAAUGUGAUUUCUCACUAUACGACCCCUCCCCCCACCUCUUUAACUGGAAAGCUGGCGUGUGGUUGUGAUGUGAUGUGUUUGUCAGUAGAGGGCAGUGUUGAGGUGUUGUUUCUCUUCAUGUUACUCCCCAGAAAUAAAGAUCACUCAGGUCAUAAAAUAAAGUCAUUUACAGACAAUAUAACAUGUGCAUAAAUA